AUCCCAUUCAAUUGCUCCAAACAAUCAGCAUCCGGCGUUCGUAUGCGCUGGUUCAUCGUUCACAACUAUGCUGCCGCUACUUUGGAUUGCAUCACUGAUUUAUACCAUCGUUCCGUCGGUCACGUAUUUCGAUCACCGCCACCACUCGACAGCCACAUGCCCGGGCACCAUUCCGAACCAGUCGAACGCCAGCAUCGCGGCACUGAUUCUGGCCCGUGGCGGCUCCAAGGGAAUCCCGUUGAAAAAUCUCGCCCAGAUCGACGGAAAACCGCUGCUCGUUCGUGCCCUCCAAACGCUUGCCGAGUUUGGCCGCUUCGGUUCGAUAUGGGUUUCGACGGACGACGAUCGGAUCGCGCGCGAGGUAGAACUGGCUUUCCCCGCCGACCAGGCACGGGUUCUAGUUCACAUGCGUCCCCCGGAGCAGGCCCAAGAUCACACCUCUUCGCUGGAAUCCACGCAGGAGUUUUUGAGGAGGCAUCCCGAGGUGACGAACCUUGCUUUGAUACAAUGCACUUCGCCCUUUCUGAAGGUGAAAUACUUGGUGGAUGCUUUCGAAAGAUUUGGGACGGCAGUUGAGUGUGUUUUUAGUGUGAUGAGAAGCUUCAAGCUAAGAUGGAAGGAAGCACCGGGAGGAAGGAUAGCUCCGCUGAAUUUCAAUGUUAGCCGGAGACCACGGCGGCAGGAUUGGAGUGGAGAGUGGGUGGAGACUGGGAUGUUUUACUUUGCGCGGAGAGCUUUGCUGUUGGGGGAAGGUGUCUUUCAGAACGAAAAUUGUGCGAUGGUUGAGGUUGAUGUCAGGGAUGCGUUGGAAAUCGACAGCUGGUAUGAUCUGGAACUAGCCAAAAUUCUUGUACAACAGAAUAACCAAUAAAAGAAUUA